AGUGGACUCGCCGCCAGUGCGCACCGCCCGCGUUUUACACACACGUUCUCGUCUCGCUCCGCCGCCGCCGACGCCGCCGUUUACAGAUUUGUUUUGUAAGAAAUAUUAUCACUAAAGAUAAUAAAGUUUCACGUCCACGUCAAUUCGGUUUCGUGUUUUCCAUUCGUUUGAUAUAUUAUAUAAUUAUUAUUAAUAUCGUCGUUCGGAGUUGCGCGUCGUCGCUGCGUGUCUAAUAACAUUUAACCGUACGUACGUCACGACACGAUAACGUCAAUCCAUUCGGCGGGUGUGACUAUACAAUACCUUUACAGUUUCGCGCUACCCGUAGAUCGGACGGACUCGCGGUGCCGAUCGCGUUCGGGACAUGUGCUGUUGAUGACUCCAGUCGCGGAUAGCAUGAAAUCCAUAGCGUUGUUGCGCACCACCACCACCAACAACAACAACAACAAGAGUUGUUACUACGGCGGUUACCCGACCGACCUGAGCGGUUACGCCGCGGCCGCCAGGUGCCGAUCGCCCCGGAGCCCGGUGGCUGACGACACGGACGACAUAAGCGUCGGCAGGCCGUCGCCGCCCGCGUCGGCCGAGUGCUACGCCCGGUUGCACGACGACGGCGGCGGUCAUGGGUCCGACACGUCGUCGUCCGGCGGCGGCUCCGAUUACUUCGAACCGCUGAAGAAGUUGGGCACGGUGCAGAUUGACAAGGUGAGCUACGGCAUAAGCGACCGCAAGAGCUACGCGCCCAAGCGUCGGGCGCACAGGCUGCACCAGCAGCACCAGCCGUCCUUGUCGUCGCCACCGCCGCCGCCGCUGCUCGACGGUUGUCCGUCGUCCGGUCGCGUCGACAUGAUGACGAUGACGACGGCCACGCAGCAAGGUGGCCGGACCAUCGCCGGCUCUUCGGCAGUCGCCGAGGACGCGCAGCCCGUGGCCGGCGUCAAAUCGUUCAGCAUCGCCGACAUACUCAGCCACGAACCGUCGUCGGCGGGCGGCAAACCGCCGUCGGCCGCGGCGGCCGACGAUGCGGCCAAGAUCGUGAGACCGUGGGCCGAGGAGUACCAGCCACCUUGCAGCUCGUUCGCGCCGCCGCCGCCCCCUCCGCCGCCUGCUCACAGACAGCCUGUCGUCGGUGCCCUGUUCCCGCACUCGCUGUUCAUACAGCACCUACAGCAGCAGCAGCAGCAGCAGCAACACCAUCACCAUCCGCAUCACCACCAGCACCGGCCAAAGUCGGCAGACUACGAGACUUCCACGUGCACCAGCGGCCGGUCCAGCACGGACGGAAGCGAGUGUUGCACCAGUCCGGAAAUAGCGAGUUGCACCCAAUCGAACCCGUCGUUGUCGUCCGCGGCCGCGGCCAGGAAACAGCAAGCGGCCGGCAAGAACAACGACAACUCGUCACCGCUGGACGCUCUGUUCCAGAUGACUAGCAAGACGUUCGAUCAACUGCACGGCGACCCGUCCGGAGCCGACACCAGUUCCAGUCAUCUGAAUCUGUUCAACUCGCGGUCGCAGCCCAAAAAGAAGCGCAAGUCGCGCACUGCGUUCACCAAUCACCAGAUAUUCGAGUUGGAAAAGCGGUUCCUGUACCAAAAGUACUUGUCGCCGGCCGACAGGGACGAGAUCGCGUCCAGUCUCGGCCUGACAAAUGCGCAGGUCAUCACGUGGUUCCAGAACCGCCGGGCCAAGAUGAAGCGCGACUACGAGGAGCAGAAGAAGGACCGGGAGACGCUGGCCGCGCUCAGCGAGCACAAGAUAUUCUUGGAGACGGCUCAGAACAUGGGAAUACUCAAGAAGAAACCACAACCGUCAUCGGCGGUGUCGGCCGCGUGCAGUUCACCCACCGAUCACCUGUUGCAGCAACAGCAACAGCAGCAGCCGGUCAAAUAUGACGAAUGAGCGACUCGUCCGUUAAUAUUGCGAGUAUACCUACUAUAUUGUGAGUCGUCACCGGAAGAAAACUGUAUAUCAACCGUGUGUGAAGAUGCCUGGUACACGUUAUACGUGUGUUUAGCCUGCAUUGAUUUUAUAAUUAUUAUUAUAUAUCGUUAAAAAAAAAAAUAAUAACGUUCCUCGUAGGUUUUCUUAUUUUUCUGAAAAAUAAUCAAUCUCAAUAAAUACAGUUAAAUCCACCGAGUCUUCCGAUGACAACUCCUAACACAAUCGCUGGUCGACCGGGGAGUGGUUGACAAUGAUAUCGAGAUCUCAUUUCUAAUUUGUAUUUUACAUAUCGUAGUAGAACUGGUAUACUGUACCUAUACUACGAUAUCGCUGUGUAAAAUAUAACGUUCCACGUCCCAAUAUAGCAUUUACUGUUUAGUAUUCAUAUCUGAUCGGUCGGGAACAAAAAUCAAAAAAAUUUCAAAUAGCAUAUAUUUCGGCCGCUGUGUGUAUAAAGAGCAUAUUAUAAUAACGACGAAGGGGAUGAGGUGGAGAUGAUGGUAUAGUGCUGUAACGCUAGUCCGAAACUACCGGACAAAAAGUUUAAUUGACACGUGCGUCCUAGUCUUUCUCACUAUAUAUAUUUUAUAUACGACUAUAAUAUUAUUAUGUAAAUUAAUAAUCUAAAUAGACGUGUUUUAUAGAACAAUUUUUAAUGGUAUUAAUAUUGAUAUUAGUGUGUGUAAUCGUGUAGAGUUGCAUGAUAAUAAUAAUAAUAAUAUCAUGAGAGAUUUAUAUAACAUAAUACGCAUAAUUUCGAGUUAAUUUUAUAUUAAAGGCAUAUAGGUAUUAAAAUGUUUGUUGUUUUUAAGAGAUUGUUAUUAGUACAAUAAUCAUAAUAAUCUUCAUUAUUAUUAUUAUUAUUAUUAUUAUGUGUGUAGUUACUAUAAUUAUAUUAUAUUCAUUAUAUGCCAGUAAGUUGUGUAUGACCGUAUUAUAUUAAUGUUCGAUAAAACCAAAUUAGAUUUAAGGAACUAGAUCAAUUGAUAUACAUUAUUAUAUAUUAUUAUCCUUAUUAUCCUUAUGUACAAACGCGUUGGCUUUAGACGACGGCCACUUAAUGCACAUACAACUUGUAUAAUAUAUUUUUAGAUUGCUCGUUUAUUAUAAUAUUGUAUAUGUGUACCUAAUUUUGUAAAUGACCCGUAAUUUAUACUUAUAUUAUAUAUUAUACUAAUAAAUUGUU